UCAGUCCUCAGAGCUCAGUCUGUUGAAGUGGCCGGCUAUUGAACCAUGCCCCAGCCCGGGCCCCAGGACAGCUGAGUCCACAGAGAGGAGCACAUCUUUGGGAAGUAGGCCUUUGGCAAAAAAAGGGCUUCAUAUAUAUAUACUGUGAUUUUCAGCUGCAGGACAGAAGGAGUGAGUGGAGGGGAGCAACCUCAGAAGACUGGAGACAAAGAGACAGAGAGAUGAGUCCUGAGCACUGCAGCUCGGUGAAGACACAACACAAUACACACGUGAAACUAUAACUGAAGGAAACACACCCCCACUGCUGGUAACACAAAGAAGGGAGGCCUGGGGGGAGUUGGAGGGAGCGCCAGUAGCUGUCCAUCUAUCCAUCUAACCAGCCAGCAGCUAUGCAGGGGCUGAUGUGGAGCCUGUGUGCCCUGCUCUGCCUCUCCCUGUGGGAGCAAAGUUACUGUGCGAGCUCCAGGGAAGCCCGGAGGACCAAAGAGGUUUCACUGAAGAGGAGUAAACGAGCCCCCAUCAACCCUGAUGCCAAAAAGUGUUCCUACACCUUCCUUGUGCCCGAGCAGAGAAUCACAGGUCCAAUCUGUGCCAGCACCACAGGCCCCCAGCCAGACAAGGACAGAGUGACCCGUAUGGACAUUGCAGAUGUGCGGGAGGUGCUCAACAAACAGCGGCGUGAGAUUGAGACGCUGCAGCUGGUGGUGGAUGUGGAUGGUAACUUAGUGAACGAGAUGAAGCUGCUGCGGAAGGAGAGCAGGAACAUGAACUCCAGGGUGACCCAACUCUAUAUGCAGCUGCUGCAUGAGAUCAUCAGGAAAAGAGACAACUCUCUGGAGCUGGCCCAGCUGGAGAACCGCGUCCUCAAUGUGACCUCGGAGAUGAUGCGACUGGCUUCAAGGUACAAGGAGCUGGAGGCCAGGUUUGCCGUGAUGGCCGGGGUGGUCAACAACCAGUCAAUUCUCAUCUCUGCAUUGGAGGAGCAGUGCCUGAGGACACUGGGACGCAGUGAGCUGCCUGUAGUUCCCCCGCUGGUACAGGUGGUGCCACAGAAUAUACCGGUUAACAAUCGUUUCACCAACGAGAUACAGAGGGACAAUAACAACCGGGCCUUUCCUAGAGGAUCGCGCAUGGAUGCCCCUACUGCAAGCCCAUUUGGAAUUGAACCUCCACCGCCACAGGGAACACUUACAUCUGAUGGUCCCUUCAAAGACUGUUACCAGGUGCGACAAGCAGGCCACAGCACCAGCGGGAUGUACCUGCUUAAAACCGAUGGCAGUGAUCGAUUGAUCCAAGCCUGGUGUGAACAUGGCCUCGACAACGGAGGAUGGACCGUGUUGCAAAGGAGGAGAGACGGCUCUGUCAACUUCUUUCGGAACUGGGAGAAUUACAAGAGAGGCUUUGGAAACAUAGACGGUGAACACUGGCUUGGGCUGGAGAAUAUUUACAACCUGGGGAAACAGGGCGACUAUAAGCUGAUGAUAGAGCUGGAGGACUGGACGGGGAAGAAGGUGUAUGCCGAGUACAGCAGCUUCCACCUGGAGCCAGAGAGCGAGGGUUAUCGACUGAGGCUCGGCACCUACCAGGGCAACGCCGGCGACUCCUUCAGCAGUCACAACGGAAAACAUUUCACCACUCUUGAUCGUGACAAGGAUGCAUUUUCUGGUAACUGCGCCCACUUCCAUAAGGGCGGGUGGUGGUACAAUGCAUGUGGCCAGACCAACCUGAACGGCGUCUGGUACAGUGGGGGAGUUUACCGCAGCAAAUUUCAGGAUGGUAUCUUCUGGGCAGACUACGGAGGAGGUUUCUACUCCCUCAAGUCAGUGCGCCUCAUGAUCCGGCCGAUCGACUGAAACGUCGGACUGCAGCUCCCUUCAAAUGCACCUCAGUUUCCUUCCUUAUCUUUAUUUACCCAUAAACAAAGACUGUAAAGGCAGAGCCGGAAAUCCCUGCCAUCCUACAACACUGCCUUGUAAAAUACAAAGGAGGAAGAGACGGUGGCGUGUGUUAUGGCCAGACAAUAACAACUGCAGCAGUCUGCGCAGUGGCUGGCUCCCAGGUUGACUUUGAGAUGAAGACUAAUGCCACUGCCCUCCCUAAGUAACUGCUCUCCUCCACCUUUAGUAAUGGUCCGUCAAGUUCCCUUGGACCAUGAAGUAUUACUCUCAAGUGCCCUAUUUUAGUCACCCUUGUUGAAACUCAGUAUGUAAUAAAAGGGAAAUGGUCAUUUACUAAAGACAUGAGAUUUCUUCUGAGCAGCUAAUGAACGUAGUGUCGCCCAUACCAAAGGGUACUGGAUGUACGGGGAUGUUUAACCAUUGAAGCAUGAAAAGUGAUGAAAUGUUAAAGUUAUGUUGCCGAUUAGAGAAUCCAACAGUUAGAGGACAGGACUUGCCAAACCUACUGUCUACUCGUUCCUGUGUUUUGUCUGGACUUCAGGGGAUUCAUUUGACCCCAACAGAAAAUGAACUGGUGCAACAGUGUGCUUGUUCAAUGUGCAUAUGGCUGAGCUGGCUUUGGUAUGUAAAUAUCUUUGGCUUUAUUUGUGAAAGGUAAUUUAAAGAGGUGUGAUUCUUCUCAGGCCAAAUGUUCACAAUAUUGUCACUCUGCCAUUGUUUGUUAUUUAUCAGUGUAUUUAUAGUAAGUAUAGUCACAUGGCCAUUUUAUAUCUAGCCCCCUUUUUUUUAUCCCAUGUAGAGAUACAUUAAUGUCACUUGAAAAGAGGCACACACACACACAUACACACACACACACACACACACACUUAGCCGACAUAAACAAACCCACAGUGGAUGUCUAGUUGGAAAUAUGAGACAUGCACUUCCUGUUUUCAUCAAAUUAAAUUCUUUUGUAAACA